GGUUUAGCUACGGAGAGUGAAAAAACCCCGCCUCCCAGCUUACGUAGGCAGGCAAACAAAAUCCUCGCCCAAUCGCGCCGUCGGGAAAACGCUUUGAGGGGAUUAGUUUGUGUCAUUGCUGCACCCACAGCAUCAGUGGCAAGGCUACAGAGUGGUUAUUUACAAAGACUUGUAGUGACAGGAUAAGAGAAACGGCUUGACACUGGCGGAGAUGAGGUUUGGAUUGGAUAUUAGCAGAAACUGAUCCCUGUGAGGGUGCUGAGACUCUGGCACAAUUUGCUCAGAGAAGCUGUAGCUUCCCCUGGAUCCCUGGCAGUGUCCAAGGCCGGGUUGGAUGGGGCUUGGAGCAAGCCGGGAUCGUGGAAAGUGUCCCUGCCCAUGGCAGAAUGUUGGAAAGAGAUGAUCUCUAAGAUCCACCUGGGAGAAGGCCGGCAUUGUACCCAGCUGUCAGAGAUAAGAAAGAUGGGCACAAACCGACUGACACGAAUGGCAUUUAUUCUCCAGCCCCUGGGCUCGGAGGCCGGAUGCUGGCUCUGAUUUGGCUUGUUGGGGACAUUACACUCUGGCUUUUUUCCCUGCUCAGAUCGGGGCUGGAGUGGAGCACCCGAGCGCUGCUGCGGCCUUCAGCUGGGAUCAGAGCGACUGCUGCACAGCAAAAGCUGCCCAGGCCGUGCCAGGGAACAGAAUCACUUAGGUUGGAAAAGACCUCUGAGAUCAUCAAGUUCAGCCUGUGACCGAACACCACCGUACGGAGCAGACCGUGGCACGGAGUGCCGAGUCCAGUCUCUCCUUAAACCCGCGCAGGGGCGGUCACUCCAGCCCGUCCCAAGGCCUGCCCGCCCUCGCUGGGAACCGUUCCUCCCGGCCGGCAGGGGGCGCGCGUGCCCCGGGGAGCCGCGCCUCAGGGGCGGCGGUGCGGCCAUGGCGGACCGCCUGACACAGCUGCAGGACGCCGUCAAUUCGCUCGCGGACCAGUUCUGUAACGCCAUCGGAGUGCUGCAGCAGUGCGGGCCCCCGGCCUCCUUCAGCAACAUCCAGACGGCCAUAAACAAGGAUCAGCCCGUGAACCCCACAGAAGAGUAUGCCCAGCUGUUCGCAGCUCUGAUCGCUCGCACUGCCAAGGAUAUCGAUGUUCUCAUAGAUUCCCUGCCCAGUGAAGAAUCCACAGCAGCUUUGCAGGCUGCGAGCCUGUACCGGCUGGAGGAGGAGAACCACGAGGCGGCGGCGCGGUUGGAGGAGGUUGUUUACCGCGGGGAUGUGCUGCUCGAGAAGAUCCAGAGCGCCCUGGCCGACAUCGCCCAGUCGCAGCUCAAGACGCGGAGCGGCACCCACAGUCAGCCCCUGCCCGACUCGUAGCGCCAGGGGGCAGCGCGGCCCUGCCCAAGAGCCUCGGGAAUGCCUCUGGAUACACCGGGAAUAGAUGGGCUGGCCCGGCCCUCCCGCGGCUCUGCCCUGAGCUCUGCUCCGCGUCGGGAGGGGCGGCUUUGGCACAGUUUGGCUGCGGGUUUUGUGUGAGAAACGCUUCUACAGGGGCUCUGUUCUGGAUCUGCGUGGAUGUGUGAUGUGUGUUUCCUCGAGUUAAAAAGAGCUUUCUGUUCACCAAUAUGACUUCAGUCGAAUUUGUUACAUAUUAGAAGUAUUUGUAUAAAUUAAUCCCACUAUGGUCGUGGUAUGUUUUUUUUGUAAGCCUCAGGCACAUAUGAGUUGGCCAGAGUUCCCUGGAGACAGUACUGUGAAUGCAGUGAUGGUCAUCUGUUUUAAUUAACAGCGCUAAUAAUGUUGAUUGGCUGGUUUACCACCCUUUACAGAGCAUAUGAAAGGAUAAGUAAACUCUGAUGUUUACAGAGUGAUUGUUCUUGUCAUUGGCAUUGUAUUUACAAAGAAAUAAACCUGCAGGUGUCUGAUACUGAC